AUGCGCACAAAAGGAGCUACGGUCUUGCCUGCGCUGCUUCAGCCUCUGACAGUCUCCUCCUUCACUUCCCAGUCCCCUGAUGACGAGAUGUAUGCCGUACACCCAUGCCCUGCUGACCUUAGAACCACCCUCGAAGCUGACAACUCGGCUAUCUCGAAUUAUAUCCCCUCCACAAGCCCUUCCCCAUCUCCUUCUCCUACUUUGCCACACACUUUCUUUCCAUCCGAAGUCGUAUUCUCUCUCCCCCCAACCAUCUCAGAAUACCAUUCUCAUUUCGAAUGA